AUGUGCUUAUCGUGGCUGUAUUAUUUAUGUUCUGAUAAACCCCUCCUUACGUUCUUCUCAUUCACACCGGCAAAAACAGCAUAUUCUUAUCUGUUUCAAGAGCAAAUGGUGUCAACUUUCACUGGCAUGUCCUCAGUUGGAUCCUUGGCUGCUCCCAGCUGCUGGGAUCACAAACUUGCAACUUCUUCAAACAAGUUGUCAUCAUUGGCUUCUAUAACUUCGAGUUCAUUUGGAAGGAGAAAGAGUAUUGUUCUCCAGAAAACAUGCUCUUCCCAGAUAAGAGCAGCUGCAAAGGAGUUGUAUUUCAAUAAGGAUGGAUCAGCUAUGAAGAAACUGCAAAUUGGUGUGAACAAGCUUGCUGAUCUAGUUGGUGUUACCCUUGGACCUAAAGGCAGAAAUGUGGUUCUGGAGAGCAAGUAUGGUGCCCCAAAAAUUGUCAACGAUGGAGUUACUGUAGCUAGAGAGGUUGAGUUGGAGGAUCCUGUUGAGAACAUUGGUGCUAAAUUGGUGAGACAAGCUGCUGCCAAGACUAAUGACUUGGCUGGAGAUGGGACAACAACAUCUGUUGUUCUUGCACAAGGUCUCAUUGCUGAAGGUGUUAAGGUGGUGGCAGCUGGUGCAAAUCCUGUCCUCAUCACCAGAGGAAUUGAGAAAACCUCCAAAGCAUUAGUGUCUGAGCUCGAGUCAAUGUCAAAAGAGGUGGAAGAUAGUGAACUGGCUGAUGUUGCUGCUGUAAGUGCUGGGAAUAACUACGAAGUAGGAAAUAUGAUUGCCGAAGCUAUGAGCAAAAGUGUUCGAGUGUACGAGCAAGCAGAACCAAUCAUGGAGCAGGACGGAUCGACGGCUGUGAUGAAGUGGAAGCUUCAAGAUUUCUGCUUCUGGAUAAAACCCGUCCCUGCACCAUCUUCUCUUUUACACCAACAAAAACCCCAAAUUCUUAUUGAGCAAAUGGCAUCAACUUUUACUGGCAUCUCCUCAGUUGGAUCCUUGGCUGCUGCCAACUGCCGUGAUCACAAACUUGCAACUUCUUCAAACAAGUUGUCAUCUUUGGCUUCUAUAACUUCAAGUUCAUUUGGAAGGAGAAAGAAUAUUGUUCUCCAGAAAACCUCCUCUCCCCAGAUAAGAGCAGCUGCAAAGGAAUUGUAUUUCAACAAGGAUGGAUCGGCUAUUAAGAGAUUGCAAAUUGGUGUGAACAAGCUUGCUGAUUUAGUUGGUGUCACUCUUGGACCUAAAGGCAGAAAUGUGGUUCUAGAGAGCAAGUAUGGUGCCCCAAAAAUUGUCAAUGAUGGAGUUACAGUGGCUAAAGAGGUUGAGUUGGAGGAUCCAGUUGAGAACAUUGGUGCUAAACUGGUGAGGCAAGCUGCUGCGAAGACUAAUGACUUGGCUGGGGAUGGGACGACAACAUCUGUUGUUCUUGCACAAGGUCUCAUUACUGAAGGUGUUAAGGUGGUGGCAGCUGGUGCAAAUCCCGUCCUUAUUACCAGAGGAAUUGAGAAAACCUCCAAAGCCUUAGUGUCUGAGCUCAAGUCAAUGUCAAAAGAGGUGGAAGAUAGUGAACUGGCUGAUGUUGCUGCUGUAAGUGCUGGGAAUAACUACGAAGUAGGAAACAUGAUUGCUGAAGCUAUGAGCAAAGUAGGCCGGAAGCUGGGAAUAACUACGAAGUAG